AUGUCGUUCUAUGCCUCGGAUGCCGACGAUACCAGCAUCCAUGGCCGCCGCGGUCAUCAUCUCCGCGUUGGCUCUUUCAGUAGACUGGGCCUGGGUGGUCGUCACUCGGUGAGCCGUCGGUCGUCUGUCGAUCCCAAUGCGGACGACGACAAUAGCGUGCACGUCGUUGUGAACGCGGACGACGACGAGAGUGUGCUUUCGUCAGACGACGAAUCGGUCAUGUUUAGCAACGAGCCAGAGGAUGCGGAGGAGGAUGAGAUUCUGUUCGACGACUCGACGAUUCAAAAUACGAGGGCCAACGCCCAAAUGUUGUAUGGCGCACCGAGCCAGUCCCACAUCACGAACUAUGAAGACGAGGACUUGCUCGACCCUGCGGCGGACGAGUUCCAGACAGCGCCCAACAUUGUGUAUGCACGCAGCGAAAAGGAGCUGAUGGAGCAGCGCACGCUACUGAUCAAAAACGGUCUGCCGGCGACGCAGCCUGGGCGCCCUCCGCUCGUGACCCAUGGCCCGGUGCUCGAGCCGCAUCAGUGCACGGUGCGUAUGACGUAUGGCGACUAUGAGGGAUGUGCGCGGCAGUCCAAGCGGCCUAAGCGGUACAUUGUCGCGAGUGACAGCAGCGAGGGAUCACAAUAUGCGAUCAACUGGGCCACCGGCACCGUCCUGCGUGAUGGCGACGAGAUGCUGGUCGUGUCGGUGAUGGACGCGGACGCGAAGGGCGAGCAGUACACGGAAGACACGGCUCCGCCGAACCUUGCGCCUCCGAGCCGGGCCUUGCAGGACAUGGCCAUCUUUUUGUGUCACCAGGUGUUUGUGCUUCUGCAGCGCACGCAGCUCGGCGUGCGCAUUGCCUGCCAGGCUGUGCACUCGACGAAUGCGCGCCACAUGCUGCUUGACAUUGCCGACUUUUAUUCGCCGACGAUGGUGAUCGUCGGGAGUCGCGGCGUGGAUGGCAUACGCGGCAUGCUCGGCAGCAUGAGCCAUUACCUCGUGCAAAAGUGCUCGGUACCUGUCAUGGUGUGUCAUAACAAGCUGCAACUGCCGCGCCUGCCUCGAGGCAAGGCAGAUGUGGUCAACAAUGUGCGCAAGCGGCACAUGCGUCUCGACCAGGCGGCCGUGGAAAAGCUGAGCAGCCGCCCGGAGCCACAGGACGAAGAAGAGGAGGGCGAACAUGUCCAGGCCGAUCGCGAGCAGCGUGAGCAGCGCGACUCGGAGCGCAUGGAACGUUUGAACCGCGAGAGUCUGGCACGCCGCUCGACGUUGUCUGAGUAG